AUGAGUUCAAACCCUGAUAUGGCAUAUGUACCAAAUGUUCAAGAACUGGUAAAGAGUGACCCUUCGCAGGUCCCUGAAAAAUUCCUCAUAAUUAGGAAUGAAGAAGACGAGCCAAGAAAUGAUCUUUCUUCCAGGAUCCCUAUCAUUGAUCUUUCUUUGCUCUCUAGAGGCCACAAGGAAGAGCUUGACAAACUGGACCAGGCUUGCAAAGAAUGGGGAUUCUUUCAGGUGGUGAAUCAUGGAGUGGCAACAGAAGUGUUGCAGGAGAUGAAGGAUGGGACGGCCAAGUUCUUUGAACUUCCAUUAGAAGAGAAGAAUAAGAUUCGUAUGGCAUCGGGUGAGUUUCAAGGCUACGGGCAACUCUUUGGUGCAUCCCAAGUGCAGAAAAUGGACUGGUCUGACGCACUGCUUCUCAGUCUUUACCCAGAACAAAACAGGAAUCUUAAGUUUUGGCCAACAGAACCAGAGGGAUACAAGGAGGUUAUUGAGGCAUAUUCAAGUGAAGUCAAAAGAGUUGGAGAGGAGCUUCUAAGAUAUGGAGCAGUGGGAAGUACAAGAGUAUUGAACACAGAGCUGUCGCAAACAAAAGCAAAAGGAGGAUAUCUUAUGCUUCAUUUCUUUGUCCGCAAUGUUGAUGCUGAAGUCGAACCAUUUGAUAAUAUGGUGGAGACAUCAAGAAUGUAUAAGAAAGUUAGAUAUGGAGAGUAUCUUUUUUCUUCCUUGAAGGGUAAACUUAAGGGGAAGGCGCAUAUUGAAACGGCUAAGGCUGGAAAUUGA